GUCCCGCGAGCCAAGGCCCUGUACACCUACCGAGGGCACAACCCCGGGGAGCUGCGGUUCAACAAGGGGGACAUCAUCGUGCUGCUCCGACAGCUGGAUGAGAACUGGUACCUGGGGGAGGUCAAUGGCAUCAGCGGCGUUUUCCCAGCCAGCUCCGUCCAAGUCAUCAAGCACCUGCCCCUGCCACCGCCCCUGGGCAGAGCGCUCUACGGCUUUGACCUGCGGAGCAGGGAGAAGACGGAGAACAAGGACUACCUGACGCUCCAUAAGCCCAACACCACUGCAAGGCAACUCCUGCAGACUGGCAAAAGCCACUGGUCCCCCCAGUUUAAGUGUGCAUCCCUGCGAACAGCGUCUCCCAAAGCCAAGGGUGCGGAUUCGCCAGCCUUCCCCAAGGUGCCCGACUCCAGGCGGAAGAGCCUGCGGCAGUUCUCCAUCACCACCGCCCUCAACACCCUCAACCGGAUGGUCCACGCUCCGGCCGAGCGGCAGGCGCUGGAGAUCAGCUCCCCGGUGCUCAUCAGCUCCAGCAACCCUACCGUGGCCACCCAGAGCAGCGAGCCAGCAGAGCUGCCCUACGGCACCCCUCUCCAGGUCAGCGCGUCGUACUGCCCUGCGCCAGGACCACUGGGGCACUCAGCGGCCAUCGUCACCCUCCCCCACCUGCAGCACCACGUCUCAGCUUACCUGUGCGUGGCUCUCCACUCCUACAUGGCUCACGGACCAGACGAGCUGGAGCUGCAGAAGGGAGAAGGGGUCCGUGUCUUCGGGAGGGACCAGGACGGCUGGCUGCGGGGCAUGUCCCUCGUCACCGGGAGAGUCGGCAUCUUCCCCAGCAACUACGUCGCUCCCCUCUUCAGGAAAUCCAAUCUGUCCGACUCAAAGAUGCCUUCCCUGUACGCCUCGUGGACGCUGUCAACCUCCUCACUCUCCUCCCAAGGGAGCAUCUCGGAAAACGGCCUGAGACAAAGCAGACCUUUGAAAUCGGCGCUGCUGCCCGUGCCCGUCACCUCGCCCGGGAGGAGCGCGGCCGCGGCGGCUGCGGGACAGGCAUCGCUGCGGCGCAGCCGCGGCAGCACGAGGAAGACCUUACCAGGGCCGGGCUCCUGCAUCAUGCUGAGCCUGAUGCGAGCAGAACGUGGCCAUGCCGGGGACACGCAUGGCAUCUCCCCGCAGCGCAAGCCGCACAGCAUCGCUCCCGGCGCCGGCACGGCCGAGGCAGGAACGAGGCCAAACUUCUCCCACGACGCUUCGCCGGCGCUUGUGGUGCGAGGAGCAGAAAGCAGAACCCCCUCUGUGUGCAGCUCCGUGAUCCUGGAUGCCAAAGACCCUCCAGCAAAGAGCGAGGCAGCUCCGAAGCCGCCUGCAUCAGCCCCACCAUCCAUCCUGGUGAAGCCAGACACCUCCCGCAACAGCGCCGAAAAGCAAGUGAAGACGGUGAGGUUCCAGAACCACAGCCCGCCGCCGCCCAAGCGGCACAGCCUGCAGCCCUCGCCGAGCCUGCCGACCAGCUCCAGCCCCCUGCACCAGCGCCGAGCGCUGCACCCGAAGGCGCUCUCACUGGACCUCUCCGGGCAGCUGACCUUCCCCGUCAAGAAGAACUACAGCAGCAUUUCUGCCAACUGA